AUGGCAGGAGACCUAUUGGUUGGGAUGCUCUAUAACUUAUUACUACCAUUGGUUCUGCUGACUGCCACUUUGUUCCGUUACAAUGGUCUGUCAGUGGUGUAUUUCCUGUUUUUGCUCACCUUGCCACUGCUGCCGAACCCCACCCUGGUGACCAUGAAAGGUAAAACAGGUGAUUUUUUGCGGCUGAUCAUCUAUACAAGUUUCACCCUCCUGAUCCUCCAGUGCUUCAUGCAGAUCCCCUUCUCCUACAUUCCACUACAUGUUAGUGGCCCGUGGGAAGCUGUCCUCUACCAUGUGGGCAUUGUAAGAUUCAGCUCAGUUGAUGCUGGGAACAUUGUGCGUCUCCUGGCCCCAGAUAUAGUCCUCCUCUUCUCAUCUCUCUUCAUACUGAGGCUGUGCAGAAAGCUACUGCGCCGUGUGCCACAGGUCAACCUCAAUGAAAAUGGAAUACCAGCACCUGCCCCGGAGGAAGUGGAAACAUCUGAAACAUCUGAAACAGAGUCUGAGGAAGAAAGUGACACAGAGUGCUCGUCCUUUGACAGUUCUGAUAUGACCACAGAGACGGUUCAGACCGGUCCGCCCCAGUUUGUCCAGAAGCUUAUAGUGUUUGCAGCUGGACUGAGGCUGUUGCUAUCAGCGAUCAUGAACACAGCAGGGAAAGUGGUGGUGACUUUACUGUUGGGCCUCGCAGGUAUCAUGCAGCCCUCCCUCACCUCAGCUGUGUAUUUUGCGGCGUUUCUUGGCCUGGUUUGGUGGUGGAUUUUCGGCCGCUCCAUCAGCAUGCUGAUAUUCAGCUCCCUGUGUGUGAUGAUGGCCAUCUUCAGCGCAGGACACCUGCUGGCACUGUACGUCUACCAGCUGCCCCUGUCCCAGCAGCUUGUGCCGCCAGAUGAUGUCUACCCCAGAUUGUUUGGUAUGAUGGGAGUGAUCAGAGUCAACAGUUCUGACCUACACACUUUGGGUCUCCACCCACAUGUCAUCUGGCCUGAUUUUGUCAACCCUUUUCUUCUGCUGCUGCUCUACAACACACUGGUGGCUCUGCUACACAAAUGGGUCCACAUCACAGAGGAGGUUUGUAUGUGUGAUAUUGUUAAAGGUGAGGAGGCUGAGAGUCCAGCAGAGAGUCCGGAGAUUCCUCCAAGCUUCUCCAGGGUCAUUUACAUCUCAGGAGAUAAGCAGGAGCUUUUAAGCAGCACAGAUGAGGAAACUUAUCUACCCGAUGAACCAAUGAUUUUAAUGAAGGGGCCUUCAUGGCAAAAUGUUGAUAGAGACGAUCUAGGAUCUCUGUUAGGAGGGGCAGGCUACACAAACUGUUACCUGCCACCUCAGUAUGAAGGCAAAGACUCAGCGUCAAAUGAGACAGACAGCGAGGGAGAAAUUGGGAAUUUGGGGGACUCUGAGAUGGACCUGAGGACUCCAACAGAGACCCUGCCUCCCCCCUCAGGCCCAAGCGGCCUGGUAAUCUUUGGACGGCUGGUGCAAAAACACAGCUAUGUCAGCGCUCUUAUCAUCAUGAUGGUGUGGAGCAUCACUUACAACAACUGGCUGACUUUCGCCAUGCUGGUGUGGUCCUGUAUAAUUUGGAUGAUGAGAGACAGGCGGCGCUACGCCAUGAUGUCCGCCCCGUUCCUGGCUAUCUACGGCACCGUCCUGGUGGUGCUGGGCUUCCUGAGCGGGUUUCGUCUGAGCCGGGCCGAGCUGUACCCCGGUCUCCCCCCGGCUGUGAUAGCGGACUUCGACCUAAACAGUUAUCAUCCUGCGCCCUGCGUCCACCUGGGGGCGAAGGUCUUCUACAGCUUCAGCUUUUGGUUGAUGUUUCGUCAGCAGCUAACAGAGAGGAGGGAGCAGCAGGGCUUGAAGGCGGAAUCUCUAGAUGAAGUCAAAGUCAUGACACCGGAGGAAAGUCAGCCAUCACCUCUUGUAGCAAUGGUGAUCUCAGGUGUAAAAGGGAUGCUGGUGAAAUACUGGAUGGUCUGCUGCUGCUCCAUGUUCUUCAUCAUUAGCUUCUCUGGAAAGGUGGUUGUCUACAAGAUUCUCUACAUUGUCCUUUUCCUCUUCUGUGUUGUCCUCUUCCAGAUCCGCUAUGAUGUGUGGCGUCGGCUCCUAAAGACGUUCUGGGCAGUGGUGGUUGGUUACUCCAUGGUGGUGUUGAUUGCCAUCUACAUGUACCAGUUCCGAAGUGUGUCUGCACUAUUCAGACAGAUCAUGGGGAUGUCAGAGGAAGGUCUACGUGAUCUGGGUUUGGAACGGUACGACACAGUGGAGCUGUUCGCCCGUAUCCUGCUUCCAGCUGCAUUCCUAUUGGCUUGUAUCCUUCAGCUGCACUACUUCAACUCAGACUUCCUGACUCUCACUGACCUCGACAAUGUUCCUGUCAGACAAGCUACCAGGGAGGAAGAGCUCAGGAGUUCAGUCAAUGUGAUAUCUGAGACCAUCAAAGAAAACAUUGAAAAGUUCCAGAAAAGGCUUGUGAAGGAACAAAUGGGAAGUGGAAGAAGUCAGGAGACCCUAAACAGCAUCGGGCUCCAAACCCCCUCAGAGAGAGGAUCGGUGGAGCAGAAAGAGAUGACAGGAGAGGAAUCUAUCGCCAGCAGUCCUGAGAACAAGUGGUUCGUGAUCGUGGACCGGGCGAGCCUGCUGCUCAUUCUUGCUCUGACAGGAAUCCAAAAGAUCCAGGAGCAGUGCUGGAGACUGCUGGAGCUCCACAGCCUCAAAAUUGUUUCCUCUGGCAUCAUCUGGGUGUCACUGCAAGAGGUUUCUCUGAUGAACUUACUCUUCCUGGUGCUGUGGGCAUUUGCACUGCCAUUCCAAUGGUUACGACCUUUGGCAUCCAGCAUCUCUGCUGUUUGGGCCUGCGUCAUGGUGGUGUGUAAAAUGUUUUACCAGCUGAAAGUCAUCAAACCCCUCGAUUAUUCUUCAAACUGCACAGCUGGCCUGGUACCUUCCAACAGCUCAGGCCUGGAUGAUGGAGUGGAGAUGAGGGGAAACAUGCUUGAGCUGCUCAGGACGUCCAUUCUCUACAUCGAGCCUGUCGACCCGCUGUACUGGUGUGGAGCGCUGCGUAAAUGUGAGGGCAGGAUCCUCCCCUGUCUCCAGAACCAUCUGAUGGUGCUGGGGCUGCUGGUGUUUGAGGCGACAGUCCAUCGGCACCAGCUGUACUUCCGUCUACAUAAUGACCUGAAGCCCCCGCCCUUCAGUAUCAUCUUCCAGGGCAUCACCAGGCAGCACCUGGACCACGGCAUCCUGCCCUGCAUCAAGUACUUCAUCAACUUCGGCUUCUACAAAUUUGGACUGGAGAUUAGUUUGAUCAUGGCCGUGAACAUGAUUGGUCAGAGGAUGGAUUUCUAUGCCCUGCUACAUUCCUGUGCCUUAAUGGCUCUCCUGUUGCGAAGACGCAGAAAGGCUAUUGGAGAGGUGUGGCUUAAAUACUGCUGCUUCACUGCUGGGCUCAUGGUGCUGCAGUACGUGCUCUGCAUCGGCAUCCCACCUGCUUUCUGUGCUGAUUACCCCUGGAGAACUGCUGUUCAUCCUUUAACCUCCAAUGUUAUCAAGUGGUUUUACUUUCCUGACUUUGCCAGAGAACCCGAUCCUUCAUUCAUCUUCUACGACCUCCUCCUGCUGCUCUGCUCUUCUCUGCAGUUGCAGGUGUUUGAGGAGGAGAACCGGGCAGCUGUGCGACUGCUGGCUGGGGACAAUGUUGAGAUCAGUCGUAGUCUUGAUCCUUGUUCCUUCAACCAGUUCAUACCUGUUGAUAACUUCCUUCACUGCAGGUGCUACCUAGACAUGGUAAAGGUGUUUGUGUUCAACUAUUUCUUCUGGCUGGUGCUGUGCCUCCUCUUCAUCACCGGCACCACGCGGAUCAACAUCUUCUGUCUGGGAUACCUGCUGGCCUGUUUCUACUUCAUGUUGUUCGGAGGCAGUGUGUUGAUGCAGCCAGUCAGAUACAUCCUGCGACUGUGGGACUGGCUCAUCGGAUACACCUGUUUUGUGAUCGGCAUAAAGAACCUGCUGUCUCUCGGUUCCUGUGCCUACCUGGACAGCCUGAUGAAGAACAGCUGCUGGUUUAUUCAGGCUUUCAGCAUGUUCUGCACCGUCAAAGGCUACGAUGUCCCUGAUCCUGAUGAUGAGUGUGAGCUGCCAGCGGAUGAGGCCGGCAUCCUCUGGGAUGCGGUUUGUUUCACCGUCCUCCUGGCACAGAGGAGGGUCUUCCUUAGCUACUACUUCCUCUACGUGGUUUCUGAACUCAAGGCUUCAAAGAUACUGGCUUCCAGGGGUGCCGAGCUCUUUGAAGCCAAAGUGAAGAAGGUUAUAGCAGCCAGACUGGAGAUGGAGAUGAAAUCUGUGGAGACACUGAAGAAACAGAUGGAGAAGAUCAAAUCUAAACAGAAGAGUCGGCCAGCAGCAGCAGACAAACCAGCUCUACCUGCCGUCCAGGAGCAGGUGACACUGGAUGAUGAUGAGAAGGCAAAGAGAGAUGCAGGAAAAUGGUGGAAGCCAUGGGUGUCUCGGCCAGGAGUGGAAAACAACUGUGGCUACCACCUGUUUGAGAGUGACAGUGAGGAGGAAGAGGAGGAAGUUCCAGAGAAGAAAGAAGAGGAGGAACCACCAAAGAAGAAAUCUGCUUUCCAGUUGGCGUACAACGCCUGGGUCACAAGCUCUAAACUGGCUCUGAAGGAUCUAAAGAAGGAUCAGAAAAAAAUGAAAAAAGAGGAGAAGAAGAGACAAAAGAAAGAGCUGCAGAAACAGCAGGGCAUUGAAAGAGCGGACUCUAGUGAGGAUGAACUGGAUGAAAGCACUGUAGCGGAGGAGGUAGUGGAGGAAAAAGAAAACAUUCUGCAGAGGGUCAUUAGCACCCUGAAGUUCAGCUGGGUGGUUGUUCAGGCUCUUCUUGAUGACAUGACGGAGGGUCUGAACUCAUUUUGUAAAAACAGCCGGGACAUUUCCAAGGUGCUGCGCUUCGAGCGAGCGUUACUCAACCAGCAACAAAAGAAGGGCAAAGAGGUGAGCCAGGAGAGCGUGAAGCAGUUUUAUGAAACCUGGAUCUCCCGUCAGAACACACUCUCAUCUCAAGAUGGCCUAGACGAGCUGCCUACACCUUCCUCCCCGCCAGCUGUCCCCUCCUCCCAGCGUGCCUAUGUCAAGCUGAAGAACCAAGCCUCCAAAUUGUCCUGGGGCAGCAGUGUUUCAAGUUGUAUGACUGAUGAGACGAUGCUCGGCUCCCGGCAGCCAACUCAGGAGGAGCUGGACGAGCCGCCUGUUUUUGCACCUGCUGCUGACCAGCUCAGACGGAAGCUCCUGAGAACAGCCAAUAUCGACCUGACCACCGAGACUGAUGAACUUUCACCAAGCUGUGACGAUGAUGGCCCCCAAAAGGAACAACAUAAGCAAGAAGAGGAAGAUGAGGAGGAUACAAAGGAGAGUGAGGAGGAAGAGGAAGAGAGAGAGGAGGAAGAGGAACAACGAGAGAAGGAUCAUGAGGUUGAGAUAGAAGAGCUGAAGGAGGAAACACAUCAGAGGAAAGAAGAUGAAUGCAUCGAUUACCUAGAAUGCACCUCGUUGGGCUUUAGGGACAGUGAUGGGGAGAAAAGCCUCGACCUCCCCGAGUCUUCCAGACCUCUGAGUCAGGAAAUGAGGAAUCUCACUGCCAGUGAUCUGCUCCUUAACAACAUGUUUGAAAAUGACGAGAUUUCAGAGUCCGAUAAGUUUUUUACAACGUUGCCAAGGCCACUGAAGCUGGGGUUUGCCCUCUACAACACCAUGGUGUCCAAAUCAGAAAUGCUGUGCUACUUCGUUAUUAUCCUCAACCACAUGAUGUCGGCUUCCUUCCUGUCACUCAUCCUGCCCAUUCUCAUCUUCCUCUGGGCCAUGCUAUCUGUGCCCCGGCCGAGCAAACGUUUCUGGAUGACCGCCAUAAUCUACACAGAGGUGACAGUUGUGGUAAAGUGCUUCUUCCAGUUUGGCUUCUUCCCCUGGACCACUUCUGCCUACCGAGGCAUCAACGCCGAUCAGCCCUUCGCCCUGCCCAACAUCAUCGGGGUGGAGAAGAAAGAUGGCUAUGUCCUGUUUGACCUCAUUCAGCUGCUUGCUCUGUUCUUCCAUCGCUCUAUUCUCAAGUGCCACGGGCUGUGGGACAACAAGGAGGUUGAAAUGCCUGAUUUCUUCAAGAAGAUGAAGAAGAAGGUGGACAAGAAGAAGAUGACAGGAGGAGGAGAUAAGAAGAGCAACAAAGAGAAAUCUCAACGCCGGCUGAAGUUCCUCCCUCUCCAUGCCUCCACCACCUCCAUAUUCUGUAGACAAAAGAGGGGAGAUUCUACAGAAAAAUAUGAGUUGAAGCCCAAGAAGGAGCAUAACAAGAAGAAGAGCCGGCGACAACACAAGGCUCUGCUGACCAGGAAGCAGAGGAUGAGACAGGCAGUCAGAGGGAGGAUGCUACAGGCCAAAGCUGCCAUCAUAGAAGUCGCCCUUCACAUUUACCUUCCCAUAAGGCAGUUUUUCUAUGACAUCAUCCACCCAGAGUACAGUCCUGUGUGUGACGUGUAUGCCCUCAUGUUUCUAAUCGAUGUUGUCAACUUCAUUGUCACUAUAUAUGGAUACUGGGCUUUUGGGAAAUACUCUGCAGCAGCUGAUAUCACAGAGUCUCUGUCGGAGGACCAGGUCCCCGAGGCCUUUCUCGUCAUGCUGCUCAUGCAGUUUGGCACCAUGAUAGCAGACCGAGCCCUCUACCUGAAGAAGUCUCUGCUGGGAAAGUGUGUUUUCCAAGUGGUGCUGGUGUUCGGUAUACACUUCUGGAUGUUCUUCAUCCUCCCCGGGGUCACAGAGAGGAGGUUCAACAAUAACCCUGUUGCUCAGCUCUGGUACUUUGUAAAGUGUAUCUACUUCGGCCUGUCUGCCUACCAAAUCAAAUGUGGCUACCCAAACCGCAUCCUCGGCAACUUCCUUACCAAGAACUUCAACUUCCUGAACCUCUUCCUCUUCCAAGGUUUCCGUAUGGUUCCCUUCCUGACAGAGUUGAGGGCGGUAAUGGAUUGGGUUUGGACCGACACCACUCUGUCUCUUUCCAGUUGGAUUUGUAUUGAAGACAUCUAUGCUAACAUAUUUAUACUCAAGUGCUGGAGGGAGGCAGAGAAAAAAUACCCCCACCCUCCAGGGCAGAAGAAGAAGAAAGUGGUGAAAUACGGGAUGGGAGGAGUCAUCAUCUUCGCCCUCAUCAGCAUCAUCUGGUUCCCGCUCCUCUUCAUGUCAUUGGUCCAGUCAGCAGCUGGAGUCACCAAUCGGCCAUUGGAUGUCUCCAUCCAGCUCAGCAUCGCAGGAUACGAGCCUCUGUUCACCAUGAGCGCCCAGGAGCAGAACUUGGUUCCGUACACAGAGGCUGAUUUCAACCGACUCGCCAAACUCUACGCGACCCAGCCAGCUGCUAUGCAGUUCAUAAUGAACUACUUUGCAGACGACAUUGUUGUUGCGAAGAUCAAGAGCGAUGCCAGUCUGCUGUGGAGCAUCAGCCCAGCCAGUCGUGAGGCCAUGAUAGUGGAGCUCAGCAACUCUACUCAUAUAUACAUGACCUUACGCUGGACGCUGCUCAGGAAUGCAUCAAUAUCAAUGAACGUAGAGUCGGUGGGAGAACACACUGUGAAGUUUGAGGACAAGGUCUUGAGGGAAGGGAUCGUCCAGAUGCUCAAAGGCAACAGCAGCAAACAAGUGAUCAUCGAUUCUCUGCUGCCGAAGUUCCUCCGGGGUCCCAAAGGACCAGAGUCCAAAAUGGCAACCAGGCUGAAAGCCGGUCAGUCGGAGCGUCCUGACCAGGCACUGGCCUUCUUCAGGCCCAUGUCAAUCAAACUUCAACAGGUCACUUCGGCGUCAGAACAACAGGCAGACCAGUGGUGGGCAGUAGAGGAGUGCUCCCCUGUUGUCACCUCGUCAAAACGCAAGUGCCACAACAUAGAGAUCGUGGUGUUCAAUGAUAAAGUCAGCCCCUCCAGUCUGGGUUUUCUGGCUGGACACGGCAUCAUAGGCUUGUACAUGUCGGUGGUGUUGGUCGUCGGAAAGUUUGUCAGGGAGUUCUUCAACGGGAUAUCCAGGUCCAUCAUGUUCGAGGAGCUGCCGUGUGUGGACCGAGUCCUGAAACUCUGCACGGACAUUUUCGUGGUGCGUGAGACAGGAGAGAUGGAGCUGGAGCACACGCUGUUUGAGAAACUAAUCUUCCUCUAUCGAUCGCCGGAGACCAUGAUCAAGAUGACCAGAGAGAAGAAAGACAGCUAGGGUUUGGCUGAUACUAUCUGGUCAUACAGGGCAUCAGAAGUGUCCACACUGAACUCCUGUCACUUCAAACUGAUGUAUUAGAGCAAAUAAAAUUUGGUUCAGCAGAAAUUGUAUUUUUAUGCAAUGCAGUCAUAAUUAGAUUUGUGUGGCAGCAGAGUGAACAUGUCUCAUGAUCUGGCUAUAAUCAUGAAUCCUGCUGAAAUGUCACUGAGAAAGAUUUUGAGUCCCUCUCUGAUUCCGCUACUAAUCCUGACCUUUGAACUUAAUUGAAUGGCGAGAGAAUUUUACUCUAAAGCAGGUCAUUCCUCAUAUAAAAUAGGUCAAAUGCCUGUCAUGAUUCUAUUACAUGUAUACCGAGAAAAACACUUUGCGUUUGAUUAUGGACGAAUGACGGUUUCAAGAAGUCCUUUAUGUAAGAUUUACUUUUCCUGACAUUUCUGUUGGUUGGCUGUCUGACCGACCCUUAGUUUGCGAAAAGCAUAAGGAUUUACUUUAACAUCUCAUGUUCAGGAUUUGCUGGCAGAAAUAUGUAUAACUAUGUUUUCAUUAUUGUAUAAUCACCUAAAAGUAAAAGUGGUUGAUUUCCCAAUUUCUUGAGGGGGAUGUGUAUUCAGUCAAUUGCAAGGGGUAGAUGCCACUAAACCCUACACACUGGACCUACAUACAAGCAAACCAUACACACAAAACAACAUGUGCUUCACCACUAAAUAAUCCAAGUUUAAACAAUACUGUUCCUGACAGUUGUUUUCAAUCCAUUGGGCAAUGCAUGACUUUCAAAUGAAUUUAGAAUGAGGUUUUUAUUUGACACUUCCUGGCGUAAGAUUCUUCAUGGAAAAUGCAAUGUCAAACUAUUGGCAUACUCAUGGAACAACACACACAUACCUCUGUAAAUACCAUGUUUCUGGAUAUGACUAUAUGGAUUACUGCACUGAUUAAUUUAUACCGAAAUAAAAAAUGUUGUUGCAGACAGAAAUGUAGUGGUUUCUUGUUAUGCAGCGCAGUGAAAGCAACAUUCACAAACCAAGAAACAGCACAACAAAACAAAAUGUAUUUCCGAUGUCCAUCUUUAAUACAAUUUUAAUUACAAAUUAAUAGGGAAUAAGCUAUUUCAUUCGGGUCCACAGUUUCAAAACAGAUCAUCUUGGUGUCAUCCAUCUUUUGUGCCUUCUCCACAGCUUGCAGGACAGGACAGGACAUGACCAACCCCACAGCUCAAGGAAAAACUAUCUACAUCAUGGGUUCAGAUCCUG